UUUCACGUGUUGGGCUCGUGAUACUUAACCGGAGAAAUAGAUGAAACGGAGGGAAAUCUGACGGUGGCGCGUCUCUCUUCUCCUUCUUCCCUCUCCAAAAUCCCUAACAAGCUCAGUUGACUCGCGCACUCAUCAGAUAUCAUCUUCGACUCCCUCCUCUCUCCCCUCCUCUCCUCCUAUUUUCACGUCAAUUCUUCUUUGCUUCGGAUUUCGCCGAUAUACAAAUACAUACACAUAUUUAUAGGGUUUAUAUACGACUACUGAAUUUUUGUGAAAUUUUGAUCAGAAGAGAACCAAUUCGAGUUUAAUCAAGGAGCUUUAGGGUUUUCGAAGAGCAUCAAAGAUGGGAGAACGUAAGGUUCUGAACAAGUACUAUCCGCCGGACUUCGACCCUUCGAAGCUGCCCCGGAUCAGGAGGCCGAAGAAUCAACAGAUAAAGGUGCGGAUGAUGCUUCCGAUGAGCAUUCGGUGCAACACCUGCGGCAAUUACAUCUACAAAGGCACCAAGUUCAAUUCUCGCAAAGAAGAUGUCGUUGGAGAGACGUAUUUGGGAAUUCAAAUAUUCAGAUUUUACUUCAAAUGUACCAAGUGCUCUGCGGAACUCGCGAUGAAGACAGACCCUCAGAAUUCUGACUAUGUUGUUGAGGCCGGUGCGACGCGUAAUUUUGAACCCUGGCGCAAUGAAGAUGAGGAAGUAGAUAAGGAGAAACAGAAAAGGGAAUCCGAAGAAAUGGGAGAUGCCAUGAGAGCCUUGGAGAACAGAACACAGGAUUCAAAGAGAGAGAUGGACGUCAUGGCUGCUUUGGAUGAGAUGAAGUCCAUGAAGUCCAGGCAUGCGACUGUGAGUGUGGAUGCUAUGUUGGAGGCUUUGAAACAAACUUCUGCCCAAAAGGAAAAAAGGAUUGAAGACGAGGAUGAAGCAGUCAUAAAAUCAAUAGUAUUCCAUAACUCAAAAGAUUAUAUUAAAAGGAUUCAUGAUGAAGAUUUAGAUGAUGAAGAAGAUAUGAUUGAGCCUUUAAGUGGCAACAGCGAAACAUCAACCCAUAAAUUGAAGCGGCAAAAGCUUACUCAAGGGCUUCCUAGCAAUCCGACAGAUUGGUUGACAAAAAGCAGUAUUUCUGAUACCUCAAGCAACGGAGGGAAUCGAAAUACUUUCAAGUCUUCGAAUGUUAGGGUUGCUGUAGUUAAGAAACCAGUUGUGGCUGAAGGUAAAAAGCCAGCGGAACCAGAAGACAAGAAACAAUUGGGAGAGGAGGUUCAAAAUUCGAAAAAACCAAAUGAGAAGAAACAAGAGGGAGAGAAUAAAAGCAGUGCUAGCCAAUGUAUUGCAAUCAUUGUGCCAAAACUAUGAUAGCGACGACAGUGAUGAAUGAUUAGUUGUGUAUUAUGUUUAUGAACUACUAUUUUGAUUCCCGUAAUCAAAUUCCUACUUGUAUUUUCUCCUAUUGAUAAGUGGAUAAAAGAUGAAUUUUUGAAAUGUUUUUUUAUAAAACUAAAAUUGUGGGGGUA